UACCAUCAGAAUUUCUCAUCAGUGUGCACUCUUAGACACAAAGAAGCAUUAGCUACAAUAUUCGCUUUCCCUAGCCAUGGCUUCCUCACCAAACAUCAUCUCUUUCCUCUUCCUCUUUGCCUUUUUUUCCAUGCAAAUUCAUGCCAGGGAAUUCUUCAGCAAAAUCCCAAGUGUCAACAACAAUGAGAGAAAGACGACAACCAUCCCUGACACGAUAGGACAAGAGCAUGAGACCUUCAUUCCCGAGACCCAAAAGAGUUCACUUCCCUACAGAGAAGAGCAGACUUUCGGGAAGCAAGAGCAAGAGCCGAGGUUUAUCCCUGAGACCCAAAAUGGAUAUGGCCUUUAUGGGCACGGGUCAGGCCAGCUCCCUCCCAGCACCACCACCACUACCAAAGAAACCUACGAACCCUAUGUUACCCCUGUUAGAUACCACCCUGAUGAACCCUACAACAGCAUUCCUGCAUCCUACAACAACAAUAACAAAAAUACUUAUUAUUACAACAAGAAUUCCUACGAGACUGAGCAGGAAAACUUUGGUAAGGCCAGGUUCACAGAGAAAGGAUGGAGCACUGAGGAAAACAAGAACAACAACUACUACAAUGGAUACAACAAUGGUGAGAAGCAAGGCAUGAGCGACACUAGAUACUUGGAGAAUGGAAGGUACUACUAUGACGUUAAGAAUGAGAACAACUAUUAUCCAAACCAGUACGAGAACUCCAGGGGAGUUGCUUCAAGGAACGAGUACAAUGAGAAUCGUUACAACAACAUGGGAAGGUACAACCAGAACCAAGAGGAGUUCGAAGAAAACGAGGAAGUGUUCGAGCCAUGAGCUGUAAUACUCUACAGUUGAGUGAAGAACAUCUACUAAAACAAGCACUGGUUUGUAUUAGCUGUUAAGCAUGGUAAUUAACUAGGAAAAGAGUAAAGAAUAUAAAACUUUAUUUAUUGGAUAUUGCUGUUAAUUUGUGAUUGAUCUUUUUAUUUUUUGGUUUGCAUAGUGUUCUUUGCUUUGAAAUGCAUAGGGUAUGUGAGU